AUGAAUUAAGCUAAUCUCAUUUAGUGUUAAGUUUUGGAUCCUUAAUUGAAACCUCUUCUUAAUGAAAAUAAUACUAUACCAUUCAAUAGGAAGACAUUGCUCAUAAAAUUUAAUUCUGCAAAACUUUGUCAAGUUGUUAUUAGUAACAUUCAUAAUUACAUUUUUGAUUAGAAUUAAAUCAGAAACCUAGAAAAAUUGUAGCAACUUUAAGUAAUCUCUAGAACUAAAUCCACAAAUCAAAUUAAUAGGCUUUAGAAUUUCAUUACUUUACAUGUGAGAAUCAAUAAGUCAUUUAUAAUAGCUCUAUUAACACAAAUUAAGUAACAAUGAUUUGAAUAUGUAGUAAUUCACAUCUCUUCAAAUUAAGAUUGAAUAGGAUGAUGUGGCGUUUUAUAAUAUCUAAUUAUAUGGUGAAGAAGCAAUUAAAACAAAAUAAAGCACUUUGGAUAAUUUUAUCUUAAAACCUUCUUAACUUGAUAAUGAAAAUGGUACAUUCUAAAAUUUUACAAAUGCUCUAUCAUCAAAUAGAGAUCCAGCAGGUAGACAAAAAAAGCAAGUGAAUAAAGUUGCAUUGAAAUAAAAAUAAGAGCUUGAAGAAGCUAUAGAGAAGAGUUUAAGAAGUGCUGAAUAUGAGAAAAUGAAUUAAAAAUACAUUUAAGAAUCUAAAAAUAAUGUCAUUUAGGAAUAAUAUAAUCAAGAAUAUUAAUUUUAAGAAGAUGAAGAAUUAAGUUUAGAGAUUUUGAUGCAAAAAAAUGAUUAAUAACAAUAUUCUUAUGAUAAGAAAAAAUAACCUUAAGUGAGAAUUGAAAAUUUAGGAUAUACUGAUAAAAUAAAUACAGCCUAAAAAAAAGGAUAUCAAUAAUAAUGGAAUAAUAGUGAUCCAAUUAAAUUAAAUUUUAUGACAAAGUUUAAAGUAGGUGAUAUUAAUCAGGAUUUUAUGAAAAUGCAUUAAUUAAGUAGAAGUAUUUGAUAAUUUUUAGUGGAAGAAACUAAAGGAGUGAAGAGAUUUCUAGAAAAUGUGAUGUAUAUUUGA